UACUAUCUCUGUCUUUGUUGAAACAACUGCAUACACAACUUUGAUCAAACACCUUGCAUACUAAGAUGGCAAAGCUUACUUCAAUUGUUCUGAUUUCCAGUUUAGUAAUGGCAUUUGUUUUGCUAUCUUCAUGCCCAGCAAUGUCUCAAGAAGUUGAGGAUGAGAGUGAGUUUAAUUAUGAUGAAAAGAGUGAUAAAGGACCACAAAAUUGGGGGAACAUUAAACCAGAAUGGUUCAUGUGCAAGAAUGGAACAAAGCAAUCACCAAUUAAUAUAUCAAAUAAAAGUGUUCAAAUUGUAUCCAAUUUAGGAACACUUCAAAUCAACUACAAGCCCUCUAAUGCAACUCUUAAAAAUAGAGGUCAUGAUAUCGAAUUGAAAUUUAAAUCGAAUUCAAACUAUCUACAAAUCAAUGGAACUCUAUAUGUGCUUAAACAACUCCAUUGGCACUCUCCUUCUGAACACACCAUAGAUGGCAAAAGGUUUGAUCUAGAGUUACAUUUGGUACACCAAACUCCAUCAGAAAAAAUAGCAGUGAUUGGAAUAUUAUACAAGAUUGGAACACCAGAUCCUUUCUUGUCAUUGUUGAAAAAGGACUUGGAGGCAAUUUCUAAAAGUAAUGGGGCGGAAAGGGAAGUAGGUAAAAUUGAUCCCAACCUGAUUACAUUUGACAGAAGGCAGUAUUAUAGAUACAUUGGCUCGUUGACCACUCCACCAUGCUCUGAAAAUGUUACUUGGACAAUUGUUAAAGAGGUGAAAUCUGUUUCAAAGGAGCAAAUCGAUUUGCUUCGAAAUGCAGUUCAUGAUGAAUCAAACUCAAAUGCAAGACCAUUGCAACCACUAAAUGGCCGGUUAGUGCAGCUGAAUAAAUGUGGACCAAAAAUAUGAAGAAGAAGAAAUCGACAAAGACUAUUAUGCCACUUGAUAAUAAACUUACCGUAUAAUUCAAGACAAAUUUAUUAUGUGAUACGCUAUAGGUAAGAAUAACUUGCGAUCUCUCAAGUCACUAUUUUAAAUAAAUAAAAUAAUCUUAAGUUUUAUAUAAUUAAUAAGGCGACUUUUAGUAUGGAACAAUAAUAUUUUGGUCUAUAUGGUCCAAUUCAUCUUAAAAUUGUACUAAAUUUAAGAAAGGUUACCUAUUAUACAGGUAAUUUGUUAUAUUAUUUUAUGAAU